AUGGAGUAUUUCAUGAACAAACCCCACAAAUAUAACCCUUACUGGCCCGGGUACGACACAGAGGAGGCCUGGCGAUACUUCCGCUCGCACCCCUUCGAAGUGGGCGAGUGGCGUAGACGGUACGCGCCCCCCGAAGCCGCACAUUACUGCAACGAAUGUCUGAUCCUCCGACUAGAUUGCCAGGGCGGCCGUCCCUGUCCGUUUUGCCGUAGCGAAAACAUGAUGUGCACUAAAAGCGAGUUCGGGCCCCCCAUUUGGAACCCCGAAUUUGAUUUAUACGGCCGCGUCCCGGGAGAGCCUAUCGAUACGAGUAAGUUUCCUCCUCCUCCUCCCCCUAAAGCCUGGCCUGCUCCUCCUCCUGCUGCUCCGGCCCCGGCUCCGGCUCCUGCUCUUCCUCCUGCUCUUGCUCCGGCUCCUGCACUUCGACCUCUAGCUCCUGCUCCUGCUCCUGGACUUCGGCCUCUAGCUCCGGCCCCGGGCCCCGUCGCAGGCCCUUCCGGCAUUGCUGGGCCCAGCUAUGCCGUGCCCAUCCAAGCCGGUAUACCAGGCCAUGGUGGCCGCGGGGAAUUCCUGCGGGCUAAGCAGUGGAAACUACCGCCCGCUGAGGGAGCGCCGCCCCCUGGUCCACUGCCGCCGCCGCCGCCGCCGCCGCCGCCCCCCGAGGGAGAGGCCCCGGGCAAGCGCAAGGGCAGGGGCGGACAUAACAAGGGAAAACCGUCUCCGUUUAAGAUGGCCAAGUGCCAGACGUGUGUGAGGCGUUGUAGAGGAUGGCACAAGUGCGAUAUGGAGCCCGGUGCCAACCCGCCCAGGGCCUGCACCGAGUGCACCCGAUGGGGCCUUUUCUGCGUACACGACGGCGUAGCAUUGCCGCCGCGUGAUCUCACCGAGGAGCAGGACAGGAUGGAAGCUAUCGGUAGGUGUGACCCCUGUAUGAACCAGAUACGCAACUGCGACAGGAAACGGCCGUGCGAUAAUUGUAUCAUACACGGGGAACCGGUAUGCAGCGGACGUAACCAGGCCAAUUGCUUUUGGCGGGGCGCCCCCGGCGAUAAUCUGCCUCUUUAUUACGAGAAGAUAUAUCGCGAUGGUCAACGGGGUGUCAAUUACAUUUUAGCGGGGCCAAGACCGAAAAUGCCGCCCGACUACCACCUCCAAUACCAGCCGCUUCCACCGGGAGUAGACCCCGCUGGGCUGCCGUUUCCGGGGAUGCCGGGACCGGCUCCAUGA